AUGUCGACCACAGUACCUGAACAGCACUUUGCAGCCGUCAUUCCCCAAAAGGGUGGCCCCUUGGCUAUCGUGCAGCGCCCAACCCCUACCCCGGGACCCAAAGAACUCCUCCUCGAAGUCAAAGCAGUCGCCUUCAACCCGGUCGACUACUACCAGCGUGAAACUGGCCUAUUCCUCGAAGACUAUCCCGCCAUCGUGGGCUCCGAUGUCGCCGGCACAGUCAUCCGCGUAGGUCCUGACGUCCGUGCGGACGCACCCCAGGUCGGCACCCGCGUGACCGCGUUUGCGAGCGCCUGGAUGUACAAGUGGAACCUAGACUACGGCGCGAUGCAGCAGUAUGUGCUCGUCAGCGAAGACAAUAUAGCUGUCCUGCCGGAGGCGUUCUCGUUCGCGGAAGGUAGCGCCUUUCCAAUGGCGGCGCUAGUGGCCUGGAAUGGAUGGCUAUGGGCGGGGAUUCCGCAGACACCAGUGCUGCCCGGAGCGGCAGGUGUGUUGGUCUGGGGCGCAGCAAGUAGUAUGGGGGCGUUUGCGGUGCAGGCCGCCCGGGUCAUGGGCUAUGUGGUCUAUGCGACGGCUAGUCCGCGAAACCAUGCAUAUAUCAAGGAGCUAGGGGCCUCGCACGUGUUCGACUAUAAGGCAGAAAGUGUGGUGUCAGAUAUUGUGGCCGCUGCAAAGGCGGAUGGGACUGUGAUUCGAGCCGGGUUUCAUGCGAUGGGUGAGCAGCAGCUGUCCGUUGAUGUGAUGGGCCAACUAAGGGAUGGCUCGGAGAUGGUCAAGUUGGCGAUUGCGCCCAUUGUCGAUGAACAUUUGAAAGUCCCAGUUGGGGUGGACACCGCAUUCGUUCAGCCUCCUCAGGAUGAAGAAGAGAUAAAAGAGAGAUUUAGGUGGAUUUUUGGAACCUGGCUGCAAGAGAAUCUGGCAGCCAAGAAGCUGGUGGCCAGCCCGCAGGUCAAGGUUGUGGAAGGGGGUUUGGAAUCCGCCAACAAGGCCCUCGAUGAAUGGAAAGCCGGAGUGAGUGCUAUAAAGUUGGUAAUCGAACUUUGA